AUGGCUGAAGUCGAUGAAACUAUACAAAAGAGACACAUAGACCAAUUGGUUCUUGAAUACCUAAUACACGAAGGAUAUGAGGGAGGGGCACUUGCGUUUGCCGAGGAGUUGAAUUUGGACUUUCAAAGACUGUCGUGGCAACAAUCUGAGAUUGUUCCAAACAACAACAAUCAAAUAGAUUCAGGCCAAUCCACUCAGCUCACUCACCAAAGCACAUUACAAAAGAACUUGAGUGAUAUCAGCAAGCUCCCCAAUCAUGAAUUUUCCGAUGUGGUUUUGAAUUAUUACAAUAACAUAAAUUAUUACCACAACAACGAUAACAAGAAUGAAAUAGCGGCCUCGCGUCACAGGAAAAACACCAAGCUUACUUCCGGGUACACCACAAUCAGUCAAAGACAAGAGAUUAAAAGAUUGAUCUUGAAUGGAGAAAUCACGAAUGCAAUAACUAAAAUCAGUCAAUGGUUUCCAAUCAUACUUGAUUCAAAUAAUCUCCUUCACUUCAAAUUGUUGCGCCUUAAUUUAAUAGAAAUGAUUAGAAAUCAUAAAUUUUCGUCACAUCUGGAAUCUGAUGAAAGAGCUUUCUUGAAUGAGGUUUUGACAUUUGUUAGGUGCAACUUGAUUAACAAAAUAUCCAAUCUGCAUAAACUAUUGAAAGAACUAGAGUUUACGAUGAGUCUAUUAUGUUUCAGAUUUGAUCCUUCUGUGAAGGAUUUAAGUGAUCAAAAAGAACUUCCUUCUGAAUUGAGAAAUUUCUUCAACAUAAAUUUACGAAAUCAAGUGUUUCGAUUGGUUAAUAAGGAGAUAUUGGACAUGUAUGAGGUAAAAAGUCUUUCCGAUUACAACCAGGGAUAUGCGCAUGAUGAUCUAAUAGGUGACGUUAAACUCAAAAUUGAGCACGGUAGUGAGAUGGCACUGAACAAGGAUGAUGACGACAACUUAUACGAAUCGAAAGCUAAACCAAUCGUGUAUACGGGCCCCAGUUAUGAAAGUUUUACGUUUGAAGACAUUGAAAAUUUCAAAGAUGAUGGGUUUGAUUCCGAUUUUGAUGAUCUAGAUGAAGAGAAUAGAGAUUGGGACCAAUUAGUCGAUCUCAACCUGAGCCAGCGGGUUACCAAGCCUUCGUCGGAGCUUUACAAGGGUGAGAAAAUGAUCCGUAAGGAUUCUAGCAUGACAAAUGAGGACGAGGUAGAGAGCUUAGUCGGAUUAGCAUUGGAGAGCAAACUAGAGGGUUUUGUUAAAUUGUUUGUCUUGACUGAAAAGAAACUACAAUCAAUUAAAUCAUCUACUCGUCAUACGUUUGAUAUUAAUCAAAGCAGUUCAACCCUUUGA